AAACAGCUUACUUUACGCAUGCGUCACCUGUGUCCGCCUUAGAUCCUGGGGAUCACGUGACGGGGAUGUCUGAGCACAGCUGACAGCGGCCGUCUUCUCCUCUGCCUGAGCUGUGAGACCCCCCCCCCCCCCCAGGAUGGGUAGACGCCGGCACCCCGAUCUGUACUACGCUCCCUUCCCCCUCUACGCUAUCCGUUUUCACCGGGAGGAUGGAACAGUCAUCACGGCUGGAGGAGGCGGAGCCUCAAAGACCGGUAUUAAGAAUGCCAUGCACUUCCUGCGGCUGGAGCGAAUAUCAGGCCAGCUCGGUGUCACCCUACUGCACGCACAUGACACCGAAACCAGGGCCACCAUGAACCUAGACAUAGCCGGGGAAGUGCUAGCCGCUGGUCAGGAUGCCAACUGUCACCUUCUGCGCUUCCAACGCCAUCCGAAAAAAGAGAAGAGUGAUGGUGACAGUAAUGACAAGACAGGAAGUAACGAUCGGGGGUCACGGAAGAGGAAGCCGUCCAAGAGCAGCUCAGAGGCAAGCGGAGGGGGCACCAAGAAUGACACCUCAGAGAUCUCUGUGCAGUCCGUCUCUGUGGUACAGACCGACUUCAGUGCUGAUAAUCUGCAGAAGGCUGUGUGCUUUAACGCCGACUCUACCAGACUGCUGACGGGGGGAGUGGAUGGACAUAUCCGGAUCUGGGAGUUUCCAGCAAUGAAGAAGCUGUAUGACUUCAAAGCUCAUGGAGGGGAGGUGGAAGAUAUUGCAGUUAGUCCCACCAAUAAGGUGGUGACGGUGGGUCAGGAUUUCCGCUGCUGUGUUUGGGAGAAGGAUCAGCUCCUCUCUGAACUUCACUGGAAUGAAAAUUUUCCCAACAUUCCCGAUAAGAUGUACAGGUACCGGGCGUGCAGGUUCGGGAAGGUGGUAGAUCAAGAGAAGGAGCUUCGCUUCUACACUGUACAGAUCCCUUAUAAGAGGGAACGUAAACCACCGCCAUGCUACAUCACAAAGUGGGACGGACGGAACUUCCUGCCCUUACUCACCGAGCCCUGCGGGAAUGAGGUCAUUUCCUGCCUCGCUGUCAGUGAUUGUGGGACCUUCCUGGGUCUGGGCUCUGUCACCGGUUCUGUAGCCAUCUACAUCUCCUUUUCUCUGCAGAGGCUCUACUAUGUGCAGGAAGCUCACGGGAUUGUGGUGACAGAUCUGGCCUUCUUCCCUGACACCAAAAAAGGACGAGCUCUGCGCGGAGACAAUGAGACCGCCAUGCUGAGCGUUGCUGUGGACAGCCGCUGCAAACUGCACGUGGUGCACAAUAGACCGACGUUCCCGAUUUGGCUCCUCCUCCUCCUGUGUGCGGGUCUAUUGGUCGCAGUCAUCCUCCUCCUUCAGUACACAUUUCCAGACUUCUUCUAGCGGCUCACGUCGGACAAGUGGUCUCUGCGCAGUGGGUGGAGUCUAGGAUGCAUCCAAUGAAAUCACCUGAGGAGGGCUCGAUGAAUCUUUUUAUACGUUCCGUACUUUGUGGUGGAGCGAUGGGUGGGGGGCCGUUCCUCCAUAGAGCACACGGGGGAAGGGUUCCCAUCUGAGGCCGUCACCUUCCAUCUCGAAUCCUCUUCUCUUUUAAUUUGUGAACAAGAACGUUCUCCUGAAUUCUUAACUGCCCCCCGAUAUUACAUUUCAUGGUUAACCUGGCGGACUGGAGGUUCCAUCCUGGUAUUUAUGGCCGCUGACCCCCGGGGACAUGACUGGAAGCUUGAUGAUUGCCCCAGGGUGGGAGGCGGCUCAUCUCCUGAUGUCACAUGACUGAUUUGUGCUCCGCCUUUCUUGUGGACAGAAGGGGGCCUCUGACCACCCAGAAGGAAGAUGACCUCCAUGUUCUGCCUGGUAGGAACCACUGCCAGUUUUUCUUAGCAGACUCCCUCUGGUCCCCCAGACUUGACCCGCUCAGGAUUUACAGCGGCAUGUUUGAGUAGUGGCCCCCAGGGUGUAUAGGAAUAUCUUCAGAUGAUGGGCCCACGGUCACUUCUGCCCACCCAGUAUGUGCGGGUGAUGGGCCUUGUGUCAGCUCUGCCCACCCUAAACACCCUAAAACCCUUUGUCUGGCCAAUGGGCCUGCUUUCACUUUUUGCCCUCAAGGCGUAUAGUAAUGUACCAGGGUGGUGGGCCCACUGUCGACUCUGCCCACUCUGAAUGUAUAACCCUGUGUCCAGGUGAUGGGCCCGUUAUCUCCUUUGCCCACCUAGGACGUAUAGCAUUAUGUAUGGAUGAUGGGCCCACUGUCACCUUUUACCCCCAGGGUGUACAGGAUUAUGUCCAGGUGAUGGGCAACCUGUCACCUCUGCCCACUCCAACUGUAUAACCCUGUGUCUGGAAGAUGGGCCCACUUUCACCUUUUGCCCUAGGGCAUAUAGUAAAAGGCAAGCUUUCCCCUUUUGCCCCUGGGGCGCAUAGUGAUAUGUCAGGUUGGUGGGCCCACUGCCUCUUUCGCUCACCCCGACAUAUAACAGUAGGUGAAGAUGAUGGGCCCAGCUUUCACCUUUUGCCCUCAGGGUCUAUCGUGAUGUGUCUGGGUGAUGGGUUCAUUGUCUCCUAAGCUGGCCCAUCCCCUAGACCAGUGAUGGUGAACCUUGGCACCCCAGAUGUUUUGGAACUACAUUUCCCAUGAUAUCUCAUGCACUCU